CAUAUCAACACGCAAUAAAACUAUGUCUAAAAUAAAGUUUGUUCUCAUUUUAGCGUUAUUUGCAGCUUACCGCUUUGCCUAGUCCAUCGCUUCCAUAGAUAGAAGGAACUGACCCCUUAAUCAGAUGAAGUCUUUCAGCAAAUCCUUCUUGAUACUGUCGGAGGUUGCUGAAGGCACUUAUCCUUGAAAAAUUGAUCACCUUGUUUAGUUGUUGCGCAGCAAAUACUGUGACGUAACAAUUGGAAAAACGUAACAGAUGAGAGAGAAAACUGAACGGACUGAAAAAUAUGACCCAAACAGAGUAUAAAGAAAUCUCCACAGCACCCGGAGAGACUAAAUUCAACUUUUCUGCACUCCUACAGACUCCGAGUACACUACAAAAUGUAUUUAAAGGCCAAAAAAAGCACAUUUUACAUGAUAUGUCCCAUUUAAAACACUUGGGGUGUACUCACUUUUGUUGAAAGCAGACAAUGAGUGUGUUUUGAAUUAUUUUGAGGGAACAGCAAAUUUACACUGUUAUACGAGCUGUAUGCUGACCUCUUUAUAUUGUAUAAAGGUGUCAUAUACACACUAUAUUGCCACAAGUAUUUGUCUGUCUACAUGUACAUGAACUUUGAUGACAUCUUAUUCUUAAUCUAUAAGGUCCAAUUUGUUGAUGGACCCAACAGCAACUCUACCUGUUCUGAAAACAUCUUCCGCAAGGUUUAGGAGUGUGUUCAUAGUUAGAUGAGAAAGCCAGAACUGCAGCCUCAGCUCUACUUCAGGCCAAAGGUGUUCUCUGAGCAAAGCGAUCAUUUUGAGCCUUUAUUGUUCCCUUAGUUCCCCAGGAUGUACGCAGGGGUCUAAACUAGUGUGUAAAUAAACCUCGUCACGACACCUGAUAUCUGAACACAUUCCGCUGCUCGAAAGUAUGUCAGCCCAAAUCAGGCUGAGGCUGCUGCCCAGCGCCAGGUGUUUAUUCGACGAGCCCAUUCAGGUGAAGGUGGCCGGACUGAGGUCCAAGCAGUUGGUCACUUUGAGAGCCAGAUCCACUGACGAGAGAGGAGUGUUGUUUAAUUCCUCGGCCAGCUACAGGGCCGAUGGCAGAGGGGAGAUUGACCUGAACAGAGACCCCUCGCUCAGUGGAAACUACGUUGGUGUUGACCCCAUGGGUCUGCUCAGGUCGCUGAAGGCAGAUGACUUGCACAAAUACUUUUAUAAGAAUAAAGCGUUAGAACCUUUCAUGGUGAAUUUCUCUGUGCACGAGGAGGAGGGCAGGAUGCUGGCAGAGGCGACCAAUGAGAGGCUUCUGAUGGGUGACGGGGUCAGGCGAGUUCCUGUCAAAGAGGGCAAUGUUCAAGGAGUCCUCUUUACUCCUCCAGGGGAGGGUCCGUUUCCUGCUGUUUUGGAUCUGUGCACCUUCAUGUCAGAGAAAAGAGCCUCUCUGCUGGCAAACAAAGGCUUUGUAGUUCUUGCUUUACCCGUUUUCAUUCACAAACCCAAUCUAGAAAGGAUGAACCUGGAUGACUUUGAAGAAGCGCUGCAGUUCUUGCAAAGCCAGCCUAAGGUGAGCAGUAAAGGAGUUGGAGUAAUAUCCCGAUCAAAGGGGGGCGACAUUGCUCUUUCACUUGCUGCUUUUGUGCCAGGAGUUGAAGCUGUGGUGUGGAUUAACGGCUGCAGCGCCAACAUCGGCAUUCCCCUCUACUAUAAGGAGCGGGAGAUCCUCUCACCGCUGAUGUUUAACUUCGGUAAGGUGGUUCCCACUGAGUCUGGAGCUAACAUCAUCAAGUACGCUGUUAAUAACCCACUAGCUGAGGAGAACAAGGGUAGUGUUGUUCCCAUUGAACAAGCUGAUGGACAUUUUCUCUUUGUGGCCUCUGAGGAUGACCUCAACUGGGACAGCAAGGGCUACCUGGAUGACAUGGUGGGUCGACUGAAGCAUCAUGGGAAGAAGAACUUUGAGAACAUAACUUACCCUGCAGCUGGACAUUUACUGGAGCCACCUUAUGGGCCACACUGCCCCUCUGCUUUACAUGGAAUGCUCAGGUUUCCAGUGGUGUGGGGUGGAGAGCCUCGAGCUCACGCUGCAGCUGAGCUCCACCUGUGGCAGAAGAUCCAGGAUUUCUUAAGAACUCGCCUGAGCAACAAUGCUGCACAGACUACAUCCAAAUUAUAGUAUUAAAUCAGUGGUCUCCAGAGCCAGCCUUUAGGGCUCGGUGUCCUGCAUGUUCUAGAUGUUUUCUGAAUCAAAUAUAUAGCUAACUAAUCUUCCUCAGCAGAGGUUGGUGACUUGCUGAAGAGGAAAUUCAGCCAUUUGAAUGAGCAAAGCACAUCUAAAACCUGCAGGGCACUGGCCCUUGCUGACUGGAAGUCAACAUCCCUGACCUAAAUGACUAAUGAAAAGAUUAAAAGAAAUUAACAUUAGGACAUAAAUAACUGUUUUAUGAUGUUUGUAGAAGUUUUAUAUUGAAAGAACAGUUGUUGAAUUAAAAAAGAUUUAAAAAAAAAAUAAAAAAUAUGCACAGCAACCAUAUUGAAUUUAAACUCAGAGAUUGUCAGGAGCCUUUGACAUUCAAACUAAUGCUGUAUUAAUCAGAUUUUAGAUUUUCUGAGUUGAAAUGCAAAAGAUCUUUGAACCGUCCCAAGUUCAAAACCAAAUAUGGCUGCAGUGCUCAUAAAAUGUAAUGACAUUUGCAACUAUUAAUUUGUCCUGCCUUCAAUGUCUUUAUGAGCCAACAACCCGUUUGGUGUUAUAAAACCUGCUCCUUCUUUGCUUGAACACAAGAGGUGGAGACAAAUACACUAGUAUAGGCUUAUAUUGAAUCUAGUAAUUGAGGCAAGACUUGAGUGGUAAAGACCCUAUUACAAUAAUCGAACCUGAAAAUAAGCAUGCACCUGUUUUUUCCAUGUCCUGUUUUGUCAGGAAACCUUUUAUUGUGGUAAGCUGAUUUAGGAACAGACUCUAUGUUGUUUUUCUUUGUCUUCAAUCUCACUGCUUGCUAGCUUGCCGCCAAAACUUUUAUAACUCUUUGUCUGCUCAGGAGUUGGGGGAGGUUUUUUGACUGAGUAUAACUGAGUUACAGUUGGAGCUGCGCCCCACCCUCCACUCACCCCCACACCCCUUCGUCAUAUUCUCAUUUUUGCCAUAACUGCUGGUUGAUUCAAUACACACCCGCUACUGUUUUGCUUUAUUUUUGCUUAGUUAGAUAUUUUACUCCUUUUAUGUAGAACUUUGCAUGUUGAGUAGG